UAUCAAUUAUCACAUCACUUUAUUUAAUCCAAUUAAAUAUUAAUAUAAUACACGCAUGUCUUAACAUUUUUUUUAGACUGCUCGUAUGUGUUUCUCUCUCUGUACAAGUAUUUCAUUUCUAGAUAUUCACGUGAGUAUACAUAGUCUAGAUCUAGAUGAGAUGGGGAACAAGGCUCGUAAAACAAGCCAGAAAAUUUCAAAUACGGAAUAACAGGUGCCUCACUCUUCAAUUGAUGUGAAUAAAUUGGUAGUAGACUCCAUUAAAGGGUAUCUCAGUUUGGUCGAUCCCCUGCAGUACGAGUUUUGUAUAUAUAGAAUUCCACAGAGACUGCACCGCACAAAAGAAAAUGCAUACACACCGCAAGUUGUCUCCAUCGGCCCUCUCCACCAUAACGACUGCAGAAUUUGAAACUAAGCUUCCUCAGGAAUUUCCUGGAUAAAUUCAACAUGGAUUUGAAUAAAUGCGUCAAGGAGAUUACAACAUGGGAUGCAAGAGUCCGCGGUUGUUACGCUGAGAAAAUUGAAGUCAGCAUCAAAGAACUAGCAGAAAUUGUCCUGGUGGAUGGCGUUUUCAUUAUCGAGGUCUUGCUGAGGUUUGGCGCUGAUGAUGCUGAUCGUAACAAUUGUACCACGAGUGACAACAACAAUAGCGACCCCAGACAUUUUAAAGCAUGGGCGCUGUCCAGCUUGCGGCCUGACAUGGUAUUGCUGGAAAACCAGCUUCCGUUCUUCGUUCUUGAGGGUCUGUUCAACAUGGCUUUCCCUGCUAACGAGCGUAUAUUAAUGACCUCACUGCUUGAUCUCUCUCUGAAAUAUUUCCAUGACUUGAUGCUAACGACGCCGCCCGCGUCAAAGAAAGACUUGCCCCAAUCCGAGAUACAGCACUUCGUUGAUUUACUAAGAAUCUGUCAUCUCCCGUCAUCCCUCCGCAGGCCGACAGCCACUUCUCCGACCGCCCAACGCGUGUCCAUAAGCAAUGCAACACAGCUGCAGGAUGCCGGAAUGAAGGUCAAGAAAAGCAAAAAGACUCGACUGCUGGAUAUCGACUACAAGGCCGGGAAGCGGCAAAUCCCGCACAUGAAAAUCAGAGACGGGACGGAAAUCGUUCUCAGAAAUCUCAUUGCCUUGGAGAUAUUUCGCUACAGACACGAUAGUUACAUUAUAGAUUAUGUUUACUUCAUGGAUGACUUCAUUGACAACACCAAAGACGUGGACCUGCUCAUUCGAAAUGGCAUCAUCGAGAACUGGCUGGGCGACAACUACUCGGUGGCGGUAAUGUUCAACAAUCUCACCAACGAGACGUCGCUGAGUGGAAGCAACUUCUACUAUCAUGACACUUGUGAACGCAUGACCAAGUUCUGCAAAGUUGCGCGGCACCGUUGGGUGGCAACCCUGAAGCGCGAGUAUUGCAGCACUCCGUGGAGAAUUGCUUCUACCUCUGCCGCCAUCUUUUUCCUGCUCCUCACUUUUGCACAAACCCUUGGCAUUUCGUUGUAGGUUUUAAGUGGUUUGCUAAUUUGUGCGGUGCACAUAUAACAAGAUUAACGUUGAACCUUUUUCUG